AUGUCUGGUUUAACGACUACGGUUCAGUCCUCUUUACCAUUACAAACGUCUGUCGCUGUGGGUAUUGAUUCAUUGAGCGAGCAAUCUUCGACUCCUUCAUCGACGCAGUCGAUCGACCCGUCGACUGCUGCAACUUCGGUGGCAGAUCCGUCGGAACUCGUAAAGCCUGUGUCCUCCACAUUGAAUGCGGACAAGGUCGAGAAAAAGAAGCCUUUCGAUUCACAGAGCUCCGCUUCUCGCCCUAACUCGCAUACUCAUAUGCACAAACAUUACAAGAAGAAUUCAUCAAAGAAAGAAAAGAAAGAGAAAAAGGAGAGGAGAAAAGUUUCGAAGCCACGUACAAUAAACCAUGCGACUGGUAUUGCAUCCAAUGUUCCACUUCAAGGAGAGAGAGUUCGUCCAACGGCACAUCCUUCAUUAAGUGAUGAUGUUCUGAUGGCAAUUUUCGAAAUUUUACACGAUGAGGAUACGGAUGGUAACGGAAUGACCGUUAAACACAUUUGUGAUAUUCUUAUAAAGAAGCAUCCAGAAAUGGCCAACCUAUCGUCGAAGACUUCAAACCUCGUUUCGGCAAAGCUGAAUGCUUACGUGAAGAGGAUUGAAAAAGGUGAUAAAAGGAUGAAGUAUGCCCUGUCACGUGUUUGGGCAAACACUUCCCCAAGAAGAAUGUUAUACAUCUAUCGUGGCGUGCUUGCAGAUAACUAUCCAGAGUUUGUUCACCAUGCCAUCGAGAAACUUCGUCUCAAAGAAAGUAUUAAGGAGGCUGAAAUUGCUCAAAGCAUGUCUGAAGCUAGCCCAUCGUCAUCAGCCUCACCUGCUUCUAUUGGAACUCCGGCCAGUCUUAACAGCUCUGUUGGCAGCAGUACUGAUGUGAAUAUGGAUCACAUCUCAUCUCCAUUUAGAGGCGGUGAUAGAAAUCCACCAUUGGCUCCUGGAGUUGGUUAUUUCAAGAAACAGUCUCCUUUCCAAGAUGCCGUUCUUUCCUUAAAGAUGCCUCAAUUGUCGGUUCCAUACUCUUCAGCCCCUGUCACCGCCUCAUUAAACACCUGUCGUGUUCCUCUUGAUUCCACGAAGGAAGCAGAAGCAAAUAUAUCACUUUCUUCCUCUGCUUCGCCCUCAUCAGCCAAUCCAUGGUUGAGUCUAAUGAACGACUCUGAGGAAGAUGAAGAAGAUGAAGUGUAUAUGGGUCGUCGCUCCUCUGUUACUACAGUUGUUGUUCCAUCUACUUUGAGCAAAAGAUCGAAAUCGAUGAGUUUCAUCCAAUCGAAAAGACCAAGGACCAACAAGUUAACUGCAGCUUCAAUGACACCUCGCAUUCCUAGAAAGCAAUCUAUCGCCGAUUCUCCGGGCGCUUCUGCUGCCGUUGCUGCUCUCCGUGUGUCUGCUUUGAGUAACUUUUAUUCUGCAGUUGGCUCUUCUGCUAGAUCCAAGGCAGAAGAGUCUCAAGCUCCACGAAUUAGUAACAAAUGGCUUGAAACUGUUCGUUCUGGAUUCCUGAAUCAGGAUAUAGAAAGUCCGGAGAAUGUUUCACUGGCCGAAUUGGAUGGAAUGUUUGCUUGA